CCUCGGCCGCUCGCUCCGCGGCCAGCGCGCCCUCCGCCAGCCUCCCCGCGCGCACCAUGCGCCGCCGCCAGCUGCCGCUCGUCCUGCUGGCGCUGGUCCUCUGCCAGGCGCCCCGGGGCCCGGCCGCCCCGCUGCCGCCGGGCGCGGGCACCGUGCUGGACAAGAUGUACCCGCGCGGCAACCACUGGGCCGUGGGGCAUCUGAUGGGAAAAAAGAGCACGAGAGAGUCCCCGGAUGUUUCUGAGGGGGGGAGUCUGAAGCAGCAGCUGCAGUACAUUCUUUGGGAAGAAGCUGCAAGGAAUUUGCUCAACCUCAUUGAAGGAAAGGGGACCGGAAGCCAUCAGUCCCCCCGGAGGGAGCUCCUGGCCAUGCGACAGUCUGCUUGGGAUUCCCAGGAUGACAAUGACUUUAAAGUUGUAGGUUCAAAAAGUAAAGGUUCUCAACGUGGCGGAAGGGACCCCCAGCUGAACUGACAGACAGCAUCAGCCUCUCUCCAAGAAGCAAAGCAAAACUCUUAAGAGACUGCGAUCUGCUGGUAUCAAUGCCACUGGGUCAUCAAUGAGAUUUCCUUUGUGCAAAACACUUAACUAUUCCUGUAUCUUUCAACCUUGACUAAAUUCACAAUUUUCAAGUGACAUCUUCUGCUUUGAACUUGUUGGCUGUGAAUAAUGUCCAUUAAGAGUCUUCCAAAUAAUGCUCUUUACGUCUAGGCUAUUUGUCCAUUAGAGUCUAGCCCCCAACCUGUUACCACUCACAAUAAAAAUGU